UAACUGUCGCUAGAUUUUCAAUUUUCAACAACCUAUAAAACCUUCAUGACACACAAUUUAUGCGAUUUUUAACUCAAAAUAAAUGGAGUCGGCUUCCUAAUUCUUGGUUGUUUGCAGAGAUAAGAUAUUAUACCAGGCAACUACACCGGUUUUAUGCUUGCGUUUUUCUGAUUGGCCUAUUCCGAUCCACAACUGGGUAUAUAUUUUCCAUCACGUUCUUUUGUACCCUUAUUCUGACUUUUAUGCUCUGCGGUGUGUCAGACGAAAAAGCUUUAAGCCAAUAUGUUAUAAAAUGUUUGCUUUUUUCACAGCCAUUUUAAAGUUCUGUACCGCCAAAAAACUGUUCAGAUUAAAUUUUCAAAGUUGAAAUGUUCCUUGGGUAUUUUGUCUUUCUUCUGCCAGCUUCACGUCAUGAGCUAAUAAAGGAUUAAUUUUCUGCAAUCACGAAUUGACUGAAGAAUGACCACGAGUGCACAGGCUGUGAAACUCCCCCCCCCCCCGAUUAGUGACAUAUUUAAUUGGUAUUGCACAUCUGGAAGUAUUUCAUAGUGUUCUUUGAGGUUUUGUGGUCAAAAUUAAAAAUCCUUAAAAUAGAUUGCUUUUGUGACGUCACGAGAAUAUAUAGAGUAUGGGAAUAUGGCCACGUUUAUUUUGAUUUCACGUUCUUGCGUGAAAUUUCACAAAUGAAGGUUGUGCUGCUCUCGGGACGAGCGGAGGAAGAGAGUCCAGAAUAGUUCGCGAGGAUCCUCGUUGAAAACAUAAGAAUUUAGCUCCCUCUUCCAUACAAUCUUCUCGUUGUUUUCUGUUGAAGGUUUUUAGAUUUUAUUCAUUAACGCAGUGAAACUAUGAACACUAAAAUGUUGUUUUUCAUAAAGGCUUUACGUGUUUUGCAGCAUUUUUUUGAUGCCUAUAGGAAAUCACUAGAUAAAAAUUGGGAAGACCCUGCUUGACCCUGCGGGGACUACUUCCCACAUGUUCAUACAUGGUAUGUUCAAUUUUUCUCUUUUUCUAUUGAAUCAAAGUAUUGAAUUUUAGACCUGUUAGAGAUAAGUUGUGGCGUAUUUUGAAGUUAAGCACUUCUUAAGACUAGAGUGCUGGCCUAUCUUUCAAUGGCGUGGAUAUAUGCAUGGAUUUGUCCAAGGCAAAGCCUGCGAUUUUGUAAUUAUCCUUGCCUACAGGCCAUUUUCUGAAAAACAUCAGCAGCUGUUUUCUAUUUUUAAUUUCAACCAAAAUGUAAACCACAAGGUUUCCCUGAACAUACUGUAUCCUCAAUCAAGAUAAACACAUUUACAGUCCCUAAGUACACACCUGAUAUACUGCAUAUUUCAACCAAGAUUAACAUUUUGAAACACUCCCAUACUUCUUAUCUUAUAUAUUCUUUGUUGUUGUAUGGUGUGGUAAGAAUACACUGUAAUUCUUUUUUAAAACCAUUCCUCUCAGACACACAGCAAUCUUUUGAAAAAUUGGAGGGGUUUUAUAUAGCCAAAAGGGGGCACCUUCGUGAGCUGCAAACAAUUGUUUUUUCUUUUUGUGUUUUUUCAUCGACAAUAAAAUCAACUACAAAAUGCAACUUCGGAGCUAAAUAUGCCGUCGGCGGUGGAAAGGACGUGGCGUCACCUGGUCCCACUACAAACGGCACUUACAAUUUAACAUUUUACUAUUCAACGAAGAUCAGAAAAAUGUAAGAACAUGUAGGAUGAGAAGGCAUCUAAGGGCCACAGUGAAAAGAAUGGAAAAAAAACAAUACAAGAAACUCUGCAACUCAGGACUUCUCUCUAUAAGAUAUCACGUUACCUACUCACAAACACAGAGCAACGCCGCAGAAGAGAAAGAGAUAGAGAGAGAAAGAGAGGGCGGUAUUUAAUAAGCAUUUCCCUUUGCUUUGUGAAAAGAAGAGGAGACACAUGCCCUCAGUGUCCCAGGCUUCUAUCUCUAUGCUUCCUCUGAAAUGUUCAGCUAUGACUGCUAUUAAUUAGGAAGUACUGAUUGACAGGUGUUCUUUUAUCUGGUAUUUAGAUUGAGAUUUUAGUCUAAUUCUCAUUGACCACUAAAUUUUUGCGUUUUUGAGAGUGUUGUCAUAUUUAGUUAUGUAGUCAAGUAAUGUUGUUAUGAAGAGCAGUGAGACAUAUAGCCCUCUUUUGUGCUUAUUGGUCCAUCUUGCAUGCAUAUUCUGUAGAAAUCUUCUGAACACAGUAAGGAAAGUGCUUUUAGAGAGAUUUUUAGUACGGCCAUGUACAAUUAGCUGCACUUCAUAACAUUGUUGGAAAUAUAGGUGUGUCUGAUUGAAUGUUCCUCGUCCUAAUCUUUCCAUUUCCUCUCAUUUUUUACCAACUAAUCAUAUAAAGCUUAGUGUGACGAAUUAUCCCAAUACCGAUGUCAAAUCCCCAUUCUGGUUUUUCGUCUGCCUUCCGCUGCUUUUAAAUGAAAGUGACGCUAUUAAAAUUUCAGUCAAUGAAAGAUUUCGUCAAGUUUGCAGCGUUUCAUGAAUUUUAUAAUCAGUCAACUGAGAAUUUUUUGAAUUCAUUACAUUGCUCGUGAAAUAGACGAAAAGCACUGCACAACCAAGCACUGAACAACCAAGCACUGAUUGCCUUUCCUUGUUUAUUAUCUCUAUCGAAAAUUAUUCACAUGUAAAUAUAAAAUAAGAAAAAUGCAGAACAAGGAAAUAAGUUUUGAUUAAACCUCAAAGUUUUCUUGUUAAAGACUGAUUGCUUUGAUCUACUCAAUAUAUUUUGCCUCCUCAACCUGCUGAUUUUGUGAGAAGAGCUUUGCCUUUAUUUUAAGAGUUAUAAGGAGCAUUCAUUCAGCAUGAAUUAAGGCGACUGAAUCGAAUGAACCUGCGAGUGAAUUGCAUUAGAACAAUAAAUCAUAUACGUUCGCUGUGUCCAGUUUCAUCUGGAGCAAACCACUGGGUAAAUAGUGACCUGGUGUCUUGCUUCAAGUGCCUCAUAAAACAUUGAAAGACCAGUAACAUUUAUCUGAAUACGUUUAGGCCUGGUUGAGCUCUAAGAGGUGACAUCAUUUAGUUCUGCGAUGAUGCAACUAGUGUAGUUUAAAUGUAAGUCGUCAGAUUAAAGCAACGGUCUUGCGUUGUUCCAGGCAGCGCUGUUCUAGGCAGCGCUGUUUUUGUCUUGGGACAAACUUCGCUUAAAUUUAAGUUACAAUGACAGACGGAGUAGCGGGCAAGUUGGCCGCUUUGAAGAUGGACAAAAAGAGCUGUCCUGGCUUUAAAGAUGGUGAUAUUCCGUUUCUGUGCGUCGUUUGCGGUGACAGCGCGUCUGGAUAUCAUUACGGCGUUCCGGCCUGUGAAGGAUGCAAAGCCUUUUUCAAGCGAAGUCUUCAGGCCACGGAUCUCAACUAUCGAUGCCCGGGUUCCAAUAAUUGCAAGAUCGAUAAAAUGAGCCGCAAGUGUUGCCAGGCAUGCAGAUUAAGAAAAUGCAACGAAGUUGGCAUGUCCAAAGAAUUUCUAGGAAACAAGAAAAUAAAAAAGCCAUCAAGAAAAAGUAAGUCAAAAAAACAGAAGUUUGAUGACGAUGAGGAUAGAAAAAUUGUGGAACCGACAAGCACUCAAGAUGCCGAGCUGGAGAAAUUGAUAAAAAUUUUAGCUACACUACAUGAUCAAGAAAGGCCAAUGCUAACAACGGAAGUGACUGGUGAAGACUUAAAGCCGACGACUUCAAAUCUAUUAGAUAUUGUAGGCAAACAACUAGUAGCCGCUAUAGACUGGGCAAAAGGGCUCCCUGGCUAUGAGACGUUGACACUAAAUGAUCAAGCGAUUCUUCUACAAGCGGGGUGGAUUGAGAUGCUCUUGCUCAACUGGACUUUUUACUCCUUGUCACACAAAAACAAAACCCAAUUUUCUGCCAAUCUUAUCGUCUGUGAAACAUUGGCAACUGCGUUUGGUUUGGAAACAGUCCAUACUCAGUUAUCCUCUCUUAUUACAAGGGUUCAGGGCUAUGGCAUUGACGAGGUAGAGUUCUUGUGCCUCAAAGCAAUUGGGUUACUAAACGCAGAUUCUCGAGGCCUAACUGGCUCAAGUAAAGUACAGGAGCUCGUAAAGAAAUUCAGCUCGGCCCUGAAUUACCAUAUAUCGUCACACCACCCUGAUCAACCGCAGAAAUUUGCAAAGAUUAUUCUCAUAUUGCCGCAGUUGAAGUGCGUAGUGAACAACGUAAUAGAAUAUUUUUAUCGGGUAAAGCUUUCUGGCGAAGCCCAGUUGUCAGAAUUAUUGGUAGAGAUGCUAGAAGCAAAGUCCAGAUUAUGAAUAUAAACGUAGUUUUGCAUUUAAGUAGAGUGGAAAUAAUCGCUUUUGAAAACUAUCGAAGAUAGUAGAGAUUUAUUUUUAACGUAAUUUUAAUAGGAAUUAGGCUCAAUUUAUUUUGGUCAUUUCGCGUUGUACGUGGUGUUGAUACGCAGUGCUGCCCAAGUAGCAACUCUGUGUAAUUUUUGUAGCAAAUGUUACGAGAAGCAUUGUUUUGAAGUGCUUCGUAGGUCAUGUUAUAUCAUUUAUCAUUACAACCAAACUUCGAUAUCAAUCAAACUUAAACCGAUUGGUUAGGUGGCGAUGUCCGCAAAAUCUAUUUUUAGAAUUUUCAUAUUUUGACUAGAAAACAUUUCUCAAAUUGAGCAAAAUCGCUAUUUAAAGGAAUUUGACAGAGGCAAAAAUGGCUUAACUGUCUGUCAAUCACUAUAAGCCAAUCAAUAGGCAUGUGAGUGAUAUCACGUUCACUGAUUGGCCAAUUGUUAAUUGAAGCAACCUUAUUAUCAGUUGACUGGCUUUAAAUAUGUCGCAAAUUGGAUGAGGAUAGCAAAUGACAGAGCUUAGUUUUGCUAAUGGACAACUGUUGUUUUAGACUUGGUGGAUUUUAGAAUAGAAUCAAUUAUUUGAUGAGGAAGGAGCCAUUGCCCAUGUGACCAUAUAUGUGCUAGUUUGUAACGGAUUUAACUGAUUUUGCAAAUCCAGAAAUAUUUCUUGGUGUUCUUAGGAGUAAACAAUUAAAAUGCAAAAAAUCUAAAAAUACAUUUUGUGACCUUAUCACUUAAGCAUAAACCACAAUUUUGGGGAAAGUGAAGUCUGUCGCCGG